AGGCUAAACAUUUCCUUUCCUUGUCGAUCAGUUUCGCUCACCCACCUGUUCACGGUGGAUAAAGGACAGAAUGGGGAAGCUUCAGGUAUUCGAAAUAACUCUUAAUAACAACAAAACAGUUUAUAGUCCAGGUGAAUCCAUCUCCGGAAUUCUGAAAAUCUCAACUGCACAGCCAAUACAAUGUAAAGAAAUCAAAGUGAACUGCCAGGGCUUCUGUGGAGUGACCAGCAAAUCAAAUGACACCGACUGGACAGAGGAGGAACAGUACUUCAGCAGCUCAGUCUCAAUAGCAGAUAAAGGAACUCUGAAAGAUGGCGAACACAGUUUUCCCUUUAAGUUUCUCUUGCCAGCUGCUGCACCAACAUCAUUUGAAGGGCCUUAUGGACAGAUUAUAUACAGAGUUCGGGCUUUCAUAGACACACCUCGUUUUGCAAAAGACUACAAGAUAGAGAAGCCCUUCUCUAUGACGAACACAGUCAACCUGAAUGAAAUACCUGGUAUACAGGAACCUAGCUCAUCUUCUGUAACCAAGAAUUUCUCAUACAUGCUUGUGAAGAAUGGGACAGUGGAGCUGAAAGCUAAGACUGACAUGCGAGGAUAUAUCGCUGGAGAGAUCAUUAAAGUGUUCGCUGAGAUUGAAAACAAAUCUGAGAAGUCAACAGGUCAUGUGGUUGCCAGUCUAAUGCAGAAAAUUACGUAUAAUACCAAGAAGCCGACAUAUGAUUUGCGGUCAGUAGCAGAGGUUGAAGGACCUGGAGUUAAGGGUGGACAAAAAACUGAAUGGAAAGAGCAGAUUAUUGUACCUCCUCUUCAACUGUCCUCCCUGACUGAUGGAAACCUCAUCCAGAUCUGCUACUAUAUUCAGGUCUAUUUGAAAUACCCAGAGGUGUCAUUAACUCUGCCCAUUUACAUUGGAAGUGUUGCAGUUGAUCCAACUCUGCCUCCCCCCUCCCGGGCAGUUCCACCCAUGCCAGCCCCACGUAACAACCCCACCCCUGCCCCUGCACUUUCCCCUUCUCCUGUUGCUGCUCCCGCCGAAUCUGCCCCUCACAGCCUGCCACCACGCACAACCCCAAAACCUGCACCAAAACCCAGGCCUCGCAGCUCCUACACGUCCCCCAGUGCGCCUCUUUCUGAUCUGUACCCAGAGCUCCCAGGUGUGGCUAACUACAAUGAGGAAAUGCCAAAAAGUCCACUGCAUGGUUCCCAGACUCCAGUGUCUCCCAAUGCAUUCAGCUACGCUCCUGGACUCAGCUUCAGACAGAGACCGAGCUCCCUUGGCCCAUCAGCACCCCCCUUAAGUUCAUCCACCAUCCCUCAAGACGCAAAUCAAAUGUCCUCUCCAGCGAGCUUGCCUCCAAACUAUAGGAGUUCAGCAUAUCCACAUGGUAUGACAUAAUCAUUCCACUGAAACCUUUUGAGUGGUAAAGGAAGAGCUUCCACCUCCUUAUGAAGAUGGCUGCAAUAUAUAGGAUGUUUCCCAGCCAUAUGAAGAAGGGAGAAAAACAUUGAAACUAUAUUCAUUUCACUCCUGUGACUUUAUAAUAAAUGCAGACCUCAAACACUGUUGAACCAAAUAUGUAUUUAUACAAAUUCUGUGUUCUUAUGAGAUCUUUGCUCUCAAGAA